AAUCAGAUCAAAGAUGGCGGACAAGGAGGAUAAGAAGAAAAGCAACAUAAUGCGGGAGCUCCGCAUCCGCAAGCUCUGUCUGAAUAUCUGUGUGGGAGAGUCUGGCGAUAGGCUCACCCGUGCUGCCAAGGUGUUGGAGCAGCUCACUGGACAGACACCCGUCUUCUCCAAAGCUCGUUACACUGUGAGGUCAUUCGGCAUCCGAAGGAACGAGAAGAUUGCUGUUCACUGCACUGUCCGAGGGGCCAAGGCUGAGGAGAUUCUUGAGCGUGGUCUGAAGGUGCGUGAGUACGAGUUGAGGAAAGGCAACUUCUCCGACACCGGCAACUUUGGUUACGGUAUCCAGGAACACAUUGAUCUUGGUAUCAAAUACGAUCCCAGCAUCGGGAUCUAUGGUAUGGAUUUCUUCGUCGUCCUUGGUCGCCCAGGAUUCAACGUCGCGCACAAGAGGCGAAAGAGGGGAAAGGUUGGAUAUAAACACAAGAUUACGAAGGACGAAUCGAUGAAAUGGUUCCAGCAAAAAUACGAUGGUAUCAUCCUUCCUGGGAAAUAGAAGCUGUGUUUAUAUGUAAAUUAUACCAACUGAAAAAAAUAAAUGAAAAAAACUGCA